AAGACGCUGCUGCUAGAGUCUGCUGAGCCGGGCCGAGUUACCCAAACUGGAAGAAAAAUCACUCAAUUCUAUUCGAAUGAAAAAAUGGCUGAUGGAAGCAAACAUGGGAAAGACUUGGCUGAUUAUCUUGGGAGACACAGAAGACAACAGAAAUUAGGACAUGCAUCUCCUCAGAAGAGUGCUCAAGGAUCAAAAGAUGCAAAUGAGAUGCCUCCUCUUGGAAAACUCCAACUCCAAGACGGAACACCUUCCUCCUCCCCAUCAAGAGGAGGAAGGAGGAACCCUGUGACUGAUUCAUCUUCUCAAUCUUCAGUCAAGAGGGGCACGUCUGCCCCGGUCCCAGCUGGAGGGAGGGGCAGGGGGCAAGUACAAGUAAGAAGACUUGCCGGCAAACCCAAUGUACAGCCAGUCAGGAAUUUCAAAAGGAAGGCUACUAUGGAUGACCUGCCAACAGAAGUUAUAUUACACAUAUUCAGCUUCCUCCCACCAAGUGACCUAUUGACCUGUGUAUGUGUCAAUCGACAGUGGAUGGAGCUUGCCAGUGAUAAUGUAAUUUGGCAGCCACUAUAUCAACGCUAUGCAACUCGGCCAUCGGGCAAGGCAUCAUCAACAAAGACCAAACCCAAUCCUGUGUAUUCACUACAUGCUGACAGCAAGUGGAAGAAAGCCUGCAUGAAAGAAUGCAUCGAGAAAAGGAAUACACGAAUCUCAAAUUUACUCAAGAAAAAACACCCAUUCUCUUUACUCCCUGCGAACACAGAGAUAGCCAUUAAAAAGCUUGGUAUCAGAUGGCAGCUAGUCUUGACAGACUCCAACAAGACCGAACACUGCUUCAACCAUUCCGAUGCAUUCCACUUCCCCACCUCAUCCUCUGUAAGAUGGUACAGCCUUGACCCUCCUCCUGUGACCUCGCUCAGAUGCCUGGCCAUCUACGCACAAGCACCGAUAUUCUUCACCAAAGAUGGGUUGGCAGCUGAUAAUAGUCCUUGUCAACGUGCUCUACUUCUCGAGCAAAGAAUCAAACCAAGUGACCUAACCAAAAAGCCGACCAUUAAGAGUGAUGCUGUCAAUGUGUAUACUAUGGAUGGUGGGAUCAUAUUAGCUACAUGGAAGGAAGGAGGAGAGAUUGCCUUUGUUUCUCUGUGUCUUCACCAUCAUGGUAUCGUACAACGGGCGGUCUAUGGAACCUCAGAUAGAAUGUACAUCCCUCCAGCUGUCAAACCUAGGCCUGACGACAUAGAUUCUGAGUAUGGUUUACAUGAUUAUACCUGUAUCAUGGAAUUGAGAAACCAGAGGAAUUCAUUCUGGAGUCAACAAUUCUUGAGACUACAUGCAAACAAACAAGAAAAAGUUGAUGGCUUCAUCAGAUUUAGCCCUGUGAGAGCGGAUGUUGUGACCGAUCAUUCGUAUACCACCAAGAAGAUACAGUUCCCAUGGAAGACCGAUGUAUUCAAAGGAAUUAUAAAGGAUUUUGCUGUUCUUGAUUGUACAAUCUUUGAUGAAUUUCAGCAACCCAUGUGGUGCAUAAGUUUCCCUGUUGUCAUAUUGCCUGAUGAAAAUGCACCAGUUACUAUGGAUUAUGAGGGUGAACCAUACAUCAUCAGUCAUGCAGCCCAUAAGGGUCAAAUGGAGAUCCGUAUGUUCUGGAUCCCUGAUCGUGAGCAGCACAUCGUAGUAGCUGUCAACAUUGAUAUAUCUGUUAAGACGAUCAAUGAUUGGUUUGGAACCCACUACUGACAGCAUUCUACCGCAGUACUCAGCCCUGGUACUCCCUAUUUCGGAUACAUCAGGGCACAUUCUAGGUCUGUCCAGCCUAGUCUACACAGCUGUGCCAGAGCCGGCCACAGUGCAUCCAAAUUGCUCAGAUACAAGAUUCACACCACGUCAUGUCAGCAGGUCUGUACUCGUGUCUGCUUAUCUUGUGGUCUCACCCCAGAUGGCCUUGUCCUAUGUUGAGAAACUGCAUACGGCAAAGUCAUGGACAGAACUUAUAUCUCAGGGAAAUGCCCACCUCAACGGGACCAAACUCCUUCAAGAAGGGCAUGAUGGGAGUCAGUAGCCCCUCCGCCUUCAGAGCAACCCUGAGGAAACAUGCCUCAAGAGGCACCACCUGGUUGGCAACUCAUACAGUAUCCAUGAAAAGUGGGUAUAU